UGUUAGCAGGUUAUGGUUAUAUUUAUAUUCAAUCCAGUCACCAUUCAUCAGUUUCAUCACGUUUUAUCUACAAAAUGAUAGCUAAUAAGUUGUUAGGAGUGUUAAAACAUUCCAAUUCUCCAUUAUUAGGCCUCAAUUCGAAUGUAAUAAAAGCUUGUAUCUUUGCCUCUGUUAAAUCUUUCACAUCUAGAUCUCUAUAUUCAAAGGCUACAUUGGGUUUGGAGGCUUUUGAUAAUCAACGUCAAACAACUCAAAACCAAAUGGAAAAUAUAAUACCAAAGUUCAAAGACAAGAUGUCCGAAUAUGUUACAGAAGGUAGUAAUCAUAUGGUUUUCACAGAAGAUUUGAAAAACAUGAUUCACAUCUCCAAUGAAGAUAAAGAUCUGGAUCUCGUAGGAAAAAUGAUAAGGAAGUUCAAUCAACAGAAUAAGGAAAUGCGUUUUGGAAGCUAUAUAUUUGGUCCAGUGGUUUUACGCCUUUUUCAUCACUUCAAUAAACCCCACAUAGCAUUAGAAUGUUUCAAAUCACCAGAGUUGGCAGGGUUUUUUGAUCAAUUGAUAUCUUACCAAAUUUUGCUAGAUCUUCUGUAUGAGAAUCAUAUGUAUAAGGAAGUAUUAGAAUGUGUAGAUAUCAUCAAGAGUAGACAAAUAGAUGGGAUGAAGUAUCCGAAGAAUAUCAUAGUGUUAGCUAUGGCAGCUUGUUAUAAGUUGAAUACAAAAGAAAGUUUAGACUGUGCUUUGAAAAUGUGGCAAGAAAUAAAAGAAGUGGGUCACUUUCCUAUGAGGAGAGCCACCACUUUUUGUGCAGGGUUGGCAUUGAAUCAAGGGAACCCUGGAGUUGCAUUGGAAGUUCUCACAUCUGCCAGAAAUCAACAUUACACUACAGUACGAAAUCUGAAAGUGGCCUGUUUAGCAGAAGUCGGUAGAGUGGAGAAUGCAAUUCCAUUGCUGAAAAGUGUGAUGUCAGAAGAUGCUCCAUCUAACGUUAGGCAUACAUUCAACAAAGAGGUUAUUGAUAGAGUUAGGAAUGCAGUAACAAAACUAGACAAUCCGGAAGUUGCUGUAGAAUUCAACAGAAUUGAACAAAUGUUCCUGAAGCUAGGGCAUAUAUCAGAUACGACACUUGAUGAACAAUUAUGUCAAGAAAUCAUGCCACCUCAGAUGAUGAAUAAUAGGCAGAACUCUUGGGGAAAUCAGCAGCAACCAAGAUUCAGAGGACAGCAAGGGGAACAGAGGACUUACACAAAUAAAAAGUAUUAUACUUUCAGGCAGAGGCCUGGUUUAGAUGAACUGGUGUAG